AUGGUAGACUAUGAUAAACAAACAGACGAUUUUGAUCUAUAUUUACCAAUACUUACAAUAACACCUGAUUCUGAUAUAUUUUCUCUUAAUUUUUCAUCGAAUUUUGACUCAUCAUUAACAUCCAUGUGGAAUAAGACAGGUCUACUCCUAACUCCCCAUGAAAAUAUCAAUUUACAUCGCCAUCCAAUUCUCUAUGGUACAGCAAUCUAUGCUCUUCUACUUAUCAUUGUCGGUACCAUAGGUAAUGCGUUAACUAUAAUUAUUCUUCUUCGUCGUAAUUUACGACAAUAUACAACAAUGCGUUAUUUAACAGCCGUUGCAACUGCUGACCUUUGUUCAUUAUAUUCAUGGAAUUUAAAUUUAUUUUAUAAACAUUUAAUUAAUCCUUAUCAAAAUGAUCUUGAAGAUAAUUCAAUUUUCUUAUGUCGUUUAAUAUCAUUUAUUGCAUUUGUUAGUUUAGAAUUAUCAUCAUGGUAUUUAACAUUAGUUAGUGUUGAUCGAUGUUUAAAUAUACAUUUUUUAUUUUGGAAUCGACAAUUAGGUCGUGCUGAUCGUUCAACUUAUAUUAUUCUUAUUGUAACAAUUAUAAUUAUAUCACUUAAUAUUCAUUUACUUUUUUUAAAUGGUUACCAACAACCAAAUUGUGUUCCAUAUGCAAAACGUACUUGUUAUGUAUGUUAUGCACGUUUAAAUGAUCGACAUUAUAUAUUUCCUAAAUGGGAAAAAAUUCAUGUUAUCAUAUAUAAUGUUAUACCUUUUUCUAUAAUGCUUGUAUCAAACUGUUUUAUUAUUCGUCGUUCAUUAUCAACAGCAAAAAAACAACGAUCAUUCUCAGUUGAUUGUAGAAAUACUAGUUCAUUUCGAAAUGGUACUAAUCGUCAACGUAAACAACGACAAUUAACCUAUAUACUUUUAUCAGUCACAUUUUUAUUUGUUUUUUUAACAACACCAGUUAUGAUAUAUAAUGUCUUUUUAAGAAAUCAUAUACAAGAUCGUAAACCACUUAAAUAUAUUGUCUUAGGAAUACUUUUAUGUAUACAAUUUACAAGUCACGCCAUAAAUUUUUUUGUUUAUUGUUUUGGUGCAUCAAAAUUUCGUCAUGAACUUAAUGCAUUUUUUUCAUCAUCUACACGACAAAAACAACAUCAUCAACUUCUUACAAGAACUCGUUCAACUCUACAAUCAUCUUAA